AUGCAGCCAAAUACGAGCUCCGAAAAUCCUCAACCGUGUUCAGACGCUGGCAUUGAGGUUGGUGACAUGCAUACUCGCAGUGCAUCGCUCAACAUCGAUAGGGGCUACGAAUCUACUGGGAUGACUAGUCUUGUUCAACCCGCGCUCGAGACUGAGGCUUCCUCGACCACAGUCUCGUCGCUGCGUCUUGCUGGGAAGAAAGAGUCCAAGAGGAAGGCUGAUGUGGAGACGGCGGAUCCUGGAGUCAUGGUGGGGCUUCCUAAUUCGUCCUUCAUUUACCGUUUGCAGAAUGGUGAUAUUUCUUUGACUCCUCGAACCGUGGAUGGUUCACGUCCAGAGCACAACUUUUCUACGCUCUUUAUACACCCUACUCUUCCGAACUCAAGGUCCAAUAUUAGGCUCCUGCGGAUGGAUCCAGGACCCGAUGCGAGUGGGGCGAGUGACUUAUACUGCUCACUUGAAUCCGUGGAUCCCUGGAACAGUAGACUACAGUACGAGUGUUUGAGUUAUUGCUGGGGUAUUUCCACCACCGGCAAGCAGAUCUUCGUACGGACCGCGGAUUCUGACUAUCGACCCAUGCAAGUCACUGAGAACCUUCAUAGCGCACUUCAGGGCUUGAAGACCAGUUCCAAAUCGACACUCUACUGGAUCGAUGCUAUAUGUAUCGACCAAACCAACGAUACUGAGCGCGGGGAACAAGUGGGUUUGAUGAGGGAUAUCUACAGUAAAGCGUCUGGCGUAGUAGUCUGGCUGGGCCCGGGUACAACAAGGCUAAUGGCAGCCUUGGAUAUCAUCAACGACAUGUCAAGGCGGUUUCAAGCUGAUGCUUCCAUCUCACCAGACACCAUUGUGGGUCCCUCGGGCCUAGAUUUGUCUGAAGAAGAUAUUGCACACUUGCAGUCCUACACCGAGUAUGCGUACGAGGAUAUCGCUCACUUCUUUACGCUACCUUGGUUCCGCCGCGUGUGGGUCCUGCAAGAGGCGUUGUCUCAACCCGACAUCACCGUAAGGCUGGGAUCGUAUAGUUUGCCUUGGGGGUCCGUUAUACUUGCCGCACUGUGGCAGGCACAAUUCACUCGUACUUACACCGCGUCAUCGACCGCUGAUGCCGGUGGACAGGAUAGUGAUCAAGGAUUCCUCCCGGGACUGUGGCUUGGUCUCCUGCACACGCGCAUGCCGCGAGGUCUUUCGUUGAUUGAGCUGGCGUCGCGGGCACGAGAUUUCGAGGCCACCGAUCCUAGAGACAAGGUGUUUGCCUUGCUGGGACUUGCAAACGAUCUUGGCCCUUUGGAUAGCCGGCCAUCAGGUCUGGUGCCGGAUUAUUCCAAGACUGCCAUCGAAGUCUACACCGAAUUUGCUCGGGGCCUCAUUCUCAAGACUUGCAAGCUCGAUGUCCUUAGCCUGGUGAAUACUUUUCCCUCGCCAGAUGGUUUACAUAGUUUCGUCUCAUGGAUGCCAAACCUGGAUCAGCCCGUAGCCACCAUUCGAGGUUUCGGCUUCCCCGAGAAAUACAACGCCUGCUUUUCAACGACAGUAGACGUCCAUCUCGCCCGCUCCCUCGACGACGAACCCCACAUUCUCCAGCUCAGAGGCUUUCAAAUCGACACCGUCCAAUUCGUCACAGACAGCCCCUUGACCUUCUCCCGCAAGCUCACACUCCACCUCGAGCAUACCACCGACGCCAUCACCCACCUCUGGCGAACCCACCUCCUCCCCACCACCCCCAACGAGAUGCCUGAACGCCAACGCCUACAGCAAUACAUCGAGCUCCUCACCGCCGCCGGCUUCGCGCAACCCACACAAUUCCCCGCGCAACCCCUCGGCCACAUUGUCCCCUCGCGCCACAUCCCUUCCCUCGUCGCCGACUUCGCCGCCUACUGGGCCCGCCUCGACCCGGGCUUCACAGACUUCAGCGCGCCGCUCGCCGCAAAGCUACAGCGGCUUGCGCGCAGCGGCGAUGCGCAUCAGUUUGGCGUGCUGGCGGGCAAGGCGUGCCAUGAGCGGAAAUUCCUCGUCACGGCACAGGGACGCGUCGGGCUUUGUCCACAAGGGACGGCGGUGGGGGAUGCGGUCGUGGUGUUGCGCGGAGGUAGUGUGCCGUAUGUGCUUGCGCUUGGGGCUGCGGGGAGAGAGGGCAGGUUUGUGGGCGAGUGUUAUGUUGAGGGGGUCAUGUUUGGUGAGGCUGCGGGGUUUGGGGGGGAGGAGGUGGUGUUUCGGAUAUUUUGA